GCGGUGCGGAGCGUGCGCACUGCGCUCCCGCGUCCCCCUUCAGCCCGGCCGGCGGAGUUGCGCGUCCCGGCGGCGCUGAAGAUGGCGGAGGGUGGCGGAGGCGCGCCCCCCCCCUCCUGCUCUUCCUCCUCUUCCUCCUCCUCCUUGAAGGGGCUGCGGGAGCAGAUGGUUGCUGCAGCCCAAGCCAUAGCAGAUGAAAGAAGAAGCCAAAGUGGUGUCAGCCCUAUUGCAGUCCAGACCUCAAUAAACAUAAGAACAGCGACUAAACCAGUGAUAGAUGGUUCCACUCUAAGAACAGAAGAAAGGCAAAGACUGGCCAGGGAGCGCAGAGAGGAGAGGGAAAAGCAAAACGCUGCCAAAGAGUCACAAAUCCUCGAAAAGGAGAGAAAAGCAAAACUCCAGUAUGAAAAACAGUUAGAAGAAAGGCAGAGAAAGCUAAAAGAGCAAAAGCAAAAAGACGAACAACGGAGGGCAGCUGUAGAAGAAAAGAGAAAACAAAAAAUAGAAGAGGAAAAGGAGAGACACGAAGCAGCUCUUCAUCGUACCUUGGAACGGAGUCAGCGACUGGAAACACGACAGAAGAGAUGGUCAUGGGGAGGAUCUGUAACUCCAGAUUCAGAGAGCAAAACGGAGCAACAGACCACAGAUGAAGGUGAAACUGGUGCCAGCAAGCGGUCCACCUCCACAGCAAACCUCAAACCAACAGAAGCUGCCAUGAAUAAACGUUUGUCAUCAUCUGCAGCACUUUUAAAUGCUUCUGAUCGAAGUACCGCAAAGCGAAGCGCCUCAUUAAACAGGCUGAAUAACAAAGUCCCUCUGCACUCUCAGCAGUCAGCAGUCAAAGGUUCACAGGUGGAACAGAAAGGAGGAGCAGAAAAGAAGAGGAGCACAUCUUUGAAUAGAAUGAGUAGUAAACCCCAUUCUUCUGAACUAGAAAAAGUGAAAAAGGAAGAAAAAACAGCUCGUCGUUCCCAGGUCAGUCCUCUGGACAGUAGCGUAAUCAGUCGCCUCCUCGCCCCCACUCAGGCCUCCUUAGCUAGGAGUAAAAGUGCUGCUACAUUGUCGGCUGAUGGACAGGAUCCCUCAGAAUCUCACCUCUGUCCUCGUUCAGCUUCAGCCAGUUCCAUCAAUUCCCCAGUCCCAACUCCUAAAGUGCCCGUGCGCAGUCGUAGCAUCGACAGAUUGAAGUCCUCUGUAUCUUCAUCUGAUGCAAGUUCACCAGAUCCAACCCAGAAAUCAGAGACUGAGAAACCAUCCCCAGGUUCUGGGUUGCGUCGCCCUUCCUCUCCAUCGGUGUCUGCCCGUAGAAGAUCCCCUUCUCCUGCCAAUUUGGUGAAGCGUCCUCCAUCACCAUCUGCAGUUAGACAGAGGACUCGCCCGCCUUCGCCUGGCAUAGCAAAACAGAGGCCGCCAUCUCCUACUCCGAUCCAUAAACCAGCACCCAUCCAACGCCCACCUCUCACACCAGGUGUUAUCAACAUUACCAAAAAGAAAACUGAAGCAGAGAGCAAACCAAAGGAGAAGAGCACAGAAGCAACAGGACAUGAGCAAGGUGCCCCAUCAGCCUUGGACAGGGAUGCGGGAGCGGCUAGCACAAAGACCAAAGAAGAGUCAGGUAGCAAAGCAGCAGCAGGGACCACCACAGCUGAAGAAGCUGCUAAAAUCUUGGCAGAAAAGCGGCGUUUAGCACGGGAGCAGAGAGAGAGAGAAGACCAGGAGAGAAUUCAGAGACAGGAAGAGGAAAGAGUCAGAGAAGAAGAAAUGGCCAAGAGAGCAGUUGAAGAAAGAGCACGACGGGAAGAGGAGCUCCGCAAGCAGGAGGAAGAAAAGAGACUCGUUUAUGAGGAACAGCAAAGACAAGCUGAAGAGGAGAGAAUCCGCCGAGAACAGGAAGAACAGGAAAAGCUUGCAGAGCUUCAGCACCAGAGGGAAGAAGCUGAAGCAAAAGCUCAAGAAGAGGCUGAAAGACAGCGGCUGGAAAGAGAGAGAAUUAUGCAGCAAAAUAUGCAGGAAAGGCUUGAAAGAAAAAAGAGAAUUGAAGAAAUAAUGAAAAGAACACGAAAAUCGGAUCAAAACGAAUCCAAGUUGCAGAAUGAAGGAAAGUCUGCCUGUGAGGUCAUGGAGGGAGAGGAUAUAGAAGAGGAGGAAGAGCUGGGACUUGAGAAGGCUGAUCAACCCGGAAAGCUGAAUGGCAUUGACUUACCCCAGGAAGUCAAAGGGGAGACAGAGGGUUGUGUACAGACUGCACGGAGCUUGAUCUCCACAGAGCCUGAGCAACACACUGUGACAGAGCUGAAGGCCAGUGAAGUAUUUAUGAAUGGCAGCGAUUUGAAAAGUGAUGAGGGGUCUCUACUUUUUACUGAAUUGAAGGAUUCCAGCCAUCCUGCAAAAGAAAUGGUUGUCGAUGACUCAGUGAAGUUGGGUGUUAAUGAAGCUGAUCACACAAGUGGACUUAUUCAGAAUCUUAAUGGAAAAUCUGAUCUGUGGACUUGCGAGGAAUUCACUGACAUUGGAGUACAUUCCAAGUCAACCAAACUGAGUUCAGACAGCAUCUCUGCUGGUAACUGUAAUCAAAACUUGAAUGAUGCUGCUACAAUACCUUCUAGUCCCAAAUUGACUUAUGAGGAAGAUGGUGCAGUGAAUUCAUUGACCAAACCUAUAGAUUCUUCAUCAGGUAAUUCAAGCUGAUUUCCCCAUCUGUCUCCUCCUCUGGCUAGAUAAUUAACUUUGCUGUAUUUUUACUCUCCUUGCCUUAACUUCAGCUUCUUAUUUUCAAGGCACUUUCUCCAGUGUGUAGACUGGAGGGAAAGCUCUUUCUUUAGUGCUUGCAACUUGCAUUCUGUCAAAAGAAGCCACCAGUUGAUGCCUUGUUAGCGAUUUGCUCUAUGCAGCACCUAAGGCCUGACAAGAAGGCUCUUCCAAAGACAAAGCCAAGCUCCUGUUUAGCUCUGCAUCCCCUGUCAGCACUCAAGCCCGUCUGUUGUGUUCUUCUAUUCUGAUUUCUUCUAAGAUGUCUUAAAUGGAACGUGUUACUUUUGAAGAUACUAACAGUUUAAUAGGUGUCUGAUGUAACUCUACAGACAAGACCCGGCUACUUUCCCCUUUCCACUCCUAGGCAUGUUCUGUAACUCCUUGAUGCUGACCUGCAUGGUCUUUAAGAGGUCUCUUCAGGCUCUGGCAAGGUACCUGUCCUCUAUACUUACUGUAGAAUAGGCUUUUGCUUCACUGAAGGAGAGUAACACCAACUUUUAAUUCCACAAACGGUUGUGUUACGUCUUAGGAGGAGUAAUAAAGCUACACACAUAAUAAUCAGAAUUUUCUGGAAGAAAUCAGGCUGCAUCUGAAGCCCACGUACUUGAGAACCCAGACCGUGAUGCAGCGUAGUGUCAGAGAGGCCUUGGUGUGCUGGUUUUCUUAAGAUUAAACUGCUCAGUUGUUGGAGCUAAACCCCAUGUGAACGCACUCACAGCAGAAAUCUCUGUCCAUGAGAUAAAGACUGCGUGAACAGAUGAAGUAAAUGACAGUGGGAAGAAACAAGACUUGGUAUCCACAGUUUCUUUCAGUGAUGUGUAGCACUUUUUUUUUAAUUAAAGUGUAGCACUUUUCUAGACUGAACUGUUUCCUGAGUCUCCUCUGUCACUCUGCGUCUUGUGAGUUGUGGUCUGGUGGACAUAGAGACACGCUGAGACUUCCUUUGGGCCUCUGCUGAGUAGUCUGAGACCAGAGUGAUUUCAUGUGAUUCUGCUGAUCGCGUUUUCUUAUGCUCAAAAUCAUUCAUUUCUUAGUGAAGAAAGUGUUGCCUUUUAAUUCUGAACUUGAAUGUGUUUGGAGAUAAUGUGCUUUAAGAGUUACAUGCACAGCUCUGGAAAUGAAUACUCAUAUGUUUUGUUUUUGAAAGAAAAGCGACUAUGCUGAUGUUGCACUGUAAGAGGUGGUUCUGCGCUUACCUUCCUGGAUGAACAGCACUCUGACAGUGAGCACAGAUUUAUGUAGAAUACACACAGUAUGAUGGUUACACUUUCUUUUCUUUGCUCUUUGGACAGAACUGUGAACACUUGAGACCUGGAAAUAAUCUGAUUGCACUUCAGUAAUCCAGUGCUCUAUCAAGUACCGAAGGCCUUGUUUUGAAAAGCUGCUUGUUUACCUUCAUCCAUCUUCAAGUUUGCAUAAAAUAAGUAACACCAGAGAGGGCUGACAAACUUCUAGAUUUGCACCUUGAAACAUUUCAGGGAGACUAUUGUGCUGAUGUUCCUUUUCCAUUCGUUUAGUUUAGUUGUUAGAGAGGAUGUCCUUGUGCAAGUAACGCUCGUUUCCCUUUUACAGACUUUACACUAACCUGUUUGAGUCUUUUUGUUUUCCUAUCAGUGUAACGCACAGCAAUGUGCCCCUGGGGACUUCCCAGUUAGCUACUGGCUGGAUUUUGCAUAUUCCUAAAAUGGCAUUUGAAGACUUCCUCAAUGUGUGUUAAAGCUGAACACCAGUGACAAUGUUCUGGCAAAAUGUCUUAUUUUCUAACAUAAAAAUAUGGGCGGUUUCAAAAUGCAGUGUUGUGUCAUCACUAAUAUGUUUUAAUCUAUUGGAAAACAUCAAAACGUUUUACAGCCUGUGCACUAAUUUACUGCAAUACUGUUGAAUAUCUGGAUACGUUUGUCAUAGUGCAGUUUAACGUGUCAUGCUUUUAAAAGUGUUUUCCUUUUGAAUUAUUUAUCUACACUCGUGUAAGUAUUAUUUUAUUGUGUACAUAACAGUAUUAGACCGUUGAAGUCAUAUUUUGUUCAUGUUAAUUACUCCAAGUAUUCCUGUUCUAGCUUUAUAAUAGUGACUGCAAGCUUCAUAUAUAUUUCCCUUCCCCUAAAGCCUGCAUUAAGUAAUCUAUUUAACCUGAAUCUUGCCUGCUUUUGCAGCAUGAAGAGAUUAACCAAGCAUCUUCCAAAAGCUGCUGCUAGAAGUAAUAAUGCAGUCUUGCUCUUACGUCUCCUGUAACAGAGAUACUGAACAACGAAGCGAUUAAUUUAAAGAAUAGCUGUCUCCAAUCCUGCUAUAAACACUUGGCUGAUACUUCCAUUCGGAUGAAUCAUCCCAAUGGCAGCUGCAUUUUCAGCGGUUGAUGAAAAUGGUUUUGCUGGAACUAAAAGUGUUCUUUCCCCAACGACUGCAAUAGGAAACCCUCAGCCUUCUUCCUGCGUUUGCUGCGCAGCACAUGGUAGUACUUUUUAGACUUUAGAGCAGUGCCUUAGGUGAAAAGAAAGAUGUAUUUUUGUACGAUAAGCUGUUUCAUUCUGGCAGAGACAAUCAUCCCAACAGAAGAUGCGGAUAUUUUUUCUGUGCUGAUAUACUCUUUGUCCAACGGUCUGUUACAGCUCUCUGUAAAUAUGUGCGCUCUGUUAAAUAAACUUUGCAGUUGAACAACG